AUGACGUCGUCUCUCGACAUGACGAUAGAGGAACAUGCAACCUCGCCGCCUAUACUCCCUAUGACUUCUUACCGCUGCUCAAGUAUGGAAGAACUGAAAGGGCUCAAAGACUACCUCAAGGCCAGUAAUGCCGAGGGCACUCACAUUAUGGAAGCGACGACAACGUGGUGUUCGCAAUGCAAAGCAAUCCAGCCUUUUGUGGACAAGAUGAUUGCUAAGUAUCCGGAUGCAAAGUUCUACCGAUACGAUACCGAUACUGCUCUAGAUAUCGCUCAGGAGCUCGGUGCCAACUCCAUGCCAACGUUCCAUAUCUUCAAGGACGGCGAUGUCAGGGACAGCGUGACUGGCGCGAAGGCACAGGCUUUAGAAAAGGCGAUCAGCUCGAACUACGACGACAAAGUUGUUGAUGCACCAUCUGAGUAG